GUGAGGAGUAAAGGAGGCAGCGGAGAAGAGGGACGAAAGCGGUUCUGGUUCGGAAGAGGAGAAGAAGGGUGGCAAAGGGAGGCAGAGGGGGAAAACUUCAGGCAGUCUGUAUGCCAUCAUCUUCCAGGAAGCCCACGCUCCAGGAUGAAUUAGGAGACAGUGAAGGCCUUUAUCUGAGUGAUGGAGACAAGGGGGUCUGUGAUCUUCAGCAUGCAAGAGACUCAGCAUCACUCUGCAGAGAAGAAUCCAAGCCCAGCCAAUGGGAAUACAGAGCAGUUUGAUUCAGUAGAUGAAAGUUCCAAUUCUGAGGAUGUUGAUUUCAACUGGGAUGAAUACUUGGAAGAGACGGGAUCUAGUGCUGCCCCUCACUCUUCAUUUAAGCACGUUGAAAUCAGCCUCCAGAGCAGCUUCCAACCAGGCAUGAAGCUAGAGGUGGCCAACAAGCAUGAUUCAGACACGUACUGGGUGGCCACAAUCAUUACAACAUGUGGACAGUUAUUGCUGCUGCGUUACUGUGGCUAUGAAGAUGACCGCCGAGCCGAUUUCUGGUGUGACGUGAUGACGGCAGACCUCCACCCUGUAGGCUGGUGCACCCAAAACAACAAAGUACUGAUACCUCCCAAAGCGAUUAAAGAGAAAUACACAGACUGGACAGAGUUUCUCAUACAUGAUUUGACUGGUUCACGGACAGCACCUGCAAAUUUAUUGGAAGGCCCUCUGCGAGGGAAAAAUCCUGUAGACCUCAUUACAGUUGAUUCCUUAAUAGAGCUGCAGGAUUUCCAGAAUCCCUUUCAGUACUGGAUAGUUAGUGUGCUUGACAAUGUUGGAGGAAGAUUACGCCUUCGCUAUGUGGGACUGGAAGAGACAGAAUCCUAUGACCAGUGGUUGUUUUACUUGGAUUACAGACUUCGACCAGUUGGUUGGUGUCAAGAGAAUAAAUACAGACUGGAUCCACCUGCAGAAAUCUAUUCUCUGAAGACUGUGCCAGAAUGGCAAGCCGCUCUGGAUAAAUCCCUUAUUGAGGCAGCAAAGUUUCCCCUCCCAGUGGAAGUGUUUAAGGAUCAUGCUGACUUGAGGAACCACCAGUUCACAGUGGGAAUGAAGUUGGAAGCAGUGGAUAUAAAAGAGCCAUGCAGCAUUUGUCCUGCCACAGUAACUAAGGUUUUUAGUAACCAUUUUGUUCAAGUAACCAUCGACGACCUCCGUCCAGAGGCAAGUGCUACAAUGAUACUUUGCCAUGCCGAUUCCUUGGGGAUCAUGCCAGUCCAGUGGUGCCUUAAAAAUGGAGUCCAUCUUACACCUCCCAAAGGUUAUUCUAGCCAGGACUUUGACUGGGCAGAUUACCAGAAGCAAUGUGGGGCAGAAGCAGCUCCCCAGUUAUGCUUCAGAAAUGUAUCCUUCAACCGAGGCUUUACGAAAAACAUGAAGCUUGAGGCCGUGAACCCCAAGAAUCGAUCUGAAAUCUGUGUGGCAUCUGUUUCAUCAGUAAAAGGAAGGUUAAUGUGGCUCCAUUUUGAAGGUUUACAGGUGCCUGCUUCAGAAUACAUAGUUGACGUAGAAUCGAUGGACAUAUUCCCCGUUGGGUGGUGCGAAGCGAAUGCUUACAAGCUCUUGGCACCACAUAAAGCAAUUUUACAAAGGAAGAGAAAGGUUGCUGUUGUACAACCCGAAAAGCAGUUACCACCUGGAGUGCCUGUUAAGAAGAUAAUGCAUGGUCCCUGUGUAAUUCCACAGACAGAUGCAAUGAGUACCAUCAAUGGGAGAUACAGUUGUCCAGCACUAUUUAUCAAUCAUCGUUGCUUCUCAGGACCACAUCUGAACAAAGGAAGAUUGGCAGAGCUACCCCAGUCUGUUGGUCCGGGCAAGUGUGUGCUUGUUCUUAAAGAGGUCCUUAGCAUGGUAAUCAACUCUGCAUACAGACCUGGGAGUGUUUUGCGGGAAUUACAGCUUGUGGAGGAUCCCAGAUGGAAUUUUCAAGAGGAGACCCUCAAAGCAAAAUAUCGAGGAAAAACCUACAGAGCAUCAGUCAAGAUUGUCCGUACAUCUGAUCAAGUCCUGGAUUUCUGCCGGAGGGUUUGUGUUAAAUUGGAAUGUUGUCCAAAUUUAUUCAGCCCAGUUCCAGUUACUGAAGCCUGCCCAGAGAACUGCUCCAUUCACACCAAAACUAAAUACAAUUAUUAUGAUGGAAAAAGAAAGAAAAUCAUUAAGCCUCCAACUAGUGGAAAGGGCAAUCUGCAGAGCCUGGUGAAUAGACAUGGCAAGCCAGCGAGGCGUAGGAAGAGGCGGAAACUCAUUUUAGCACACAGGAAGAGGCGUUCAUCUACAACAGAUCUGAACCCAACAGAAUCUGCAGAGGAGAGUGAGGAGGAAGAGUCAGAAGUCCUUGACGACGAGACUUGGAGUGAAGCGACCAGCCCAGACUUGCAUUCUGACCAGAUGGACAUCUCUUCUGUAGAUCUGCCUCUGAACAAGUCUACAAGUACAAUGAAGUUACGCAGCAGUGCAGAUAUGGAUCGAGUUGCACGCUCUGAGAGGGGAAGAAGAGCGCAGAAGUCAUUGUCUCUCUUAUGUGCCAAAGGAGAGAAGAGGGCUCGGUUUAAACAAGAGAUAAAGCAAGAACCAAAUGAAAAACUCAUUCUGGAGAGUAACCCCUUGGGAUGGAGUGUGUCGGACGUGGUGAGGUUCAUCAAGCUCACUGACUGUGCUCCUCUUGCCAAAAUAUUUCAGGAACAGGAUAUUGAUGGCCAAGCUCUCCUCCUGCUGACCCUUCCAACAGUUCAGGAAUGCAUGGACCUCAAACUUGGCCCUGCCAUCAAACUCUGCCACCAGAUUGAACGGGUCAAACUGGCCUUUUAUGCCCAGUAUGCCAACUGACAACCACUACUCCAUAUUCUCAAAACACUGAACAAAUCUAAUAAGCAUCUAGGCUGUUGCUGAAUGGACCAAAUGUUCUUCUUGCAAGAUUAUUGCUGGCUAACCAUUAUAGGAAGGACACAACAGAGAUGGUGUGAAAAGAAGGAGAGAGAGGAGUGACAUGGGUAACUAGCCCAUAAACCAUGGAUCAAGAGUCUGUGCUGUUGACUGUCUCUGUUGUGCUCCAGGUAUGGAGUCUAUAAAGUGGACCCUUAUUUCGGAGAAUACCUAUAUUUUUCGACAGUUGAAGAUGUUCAUUUAGAUGAAGAGCAAGGGAGUCACCUUGCUCCCACCAGACCACCUGCAGAAGCUGACCAGACUAGUCACCUCCACACCUCAUCCUCCACUGAAAGCAGUUGCUUCAUUCUCUUUAAGAGAGUUGGACCUGGAAAAUUAUGUUGGUUUGAUAUCUCUUUAAUUGCCAACCUUUCCCCCAGAGAACUCGGGGAAAUAUAGUUUGGUGAAGGUUGCUUCAGCAUUGCUGAAAUGUCUCCCUAGCCCCUAAAUUACAGAUCCCAGUGAGAAUUACUGUUAAAUCAGUGUAGGUCUGUAAUCAAUAUAAUGGUGGUGGUGGGUGUUAAUAUGGGGAUUACGUGUUACUUUUUCAAUGGUUUGGUUUAAUUUGUUCAGCCAUUUCCAUUACAUGUUAUUUGUUCAGCUGUUAUACAUUUUAUUGUAAGAUACUUGUGAGGGCCUGACCAAAAAAGUCAGAAAUAAGCAACAUCAGGCAGAGAAUUUUCAGGGUUCUGUAGUGCAAGGUGUUUUGAUAUGCUCUCUGGAUUGUUUGCAUAUUGAUGAUUCCUUGUGCUAUCAAAAAACACUCUGAAUCUGUUCUGUCUUGCUUUCCUUCAACAAAUUUCACCCAUGCCCACCCAGUCAAUGAUGGGACAUAAACCUGGGAAGUCCAGGAAGGUUAGAAAUCAGUGGAAACAUCUAGGCGCUUGCUGUGAAUGAGACUGGGCUAUUGAAUAAUGCAAACCUUGUUGCAUUCAAAAUAGAAUAAUUCUAUUUUGAAAGCAAAGAUGAAAAGAAGUAUUUAGCAGGAUAUGGAAAUGGGACAUUUUCCCCUUUAGAUCAGGUAUGGCCUACCUCCAGAGAUCUAGGAGACACAUCCAGCCCCUCUGAGCUUUGAAGAAUACCCACCAGCCUACGCAGACAGUUACUUCCAAUCUAAAACAGGACUAACAACAGGAGUUAGUCAGGACUAAUAGAUCAGGACUAACAAUAGGAGUCAGGUCUCUUGUGUGUUUAUCUGGUUUGGAGCAAGUGACUUAUUGUGCCACUGUUGCCCUGUUUUUAUUAAUAAUUGCAGGAAGAUGGAAACAUUCAAGAGUCAGUUACCCUUCUCCAUUCCAAACUCCAAACUUUUUUUAAAAAAAUCACAAGCAUAGCAAGUUACAAUUUGAGGCCAUACAGAUCUAGAGAGACCAGGAGAAAUGCUGGCAUCUAAUGUUUGCUGGAUGCAAGUCAAUGAGGCAUGUGUGCUAAUUCUUAUGUACAAGGUUGUAUUCCAUUGGUGUGUAUAUGUAUCUGUAUAUAUGAUUUCAUGUAAAUAAUGGUGGGGAGGGAGAAUCUAUAUUCAGAGCUUUAUUUUAAUUUUUAUUCAGAAAGGAACAUAAAUCUUUUUACUUGAAGAAUUGUAAGCCAGGUUGUUAAUAAAGGCACACAAAAGAAUA